ACGUUUAUGGUUGGCCAAUCCAAUCGUCACUCACUUUCCCUCCCUUCCUCUUACCAAAUCCGUUGGCCUUUCAUUGCUUGCUUUCAGUGCCAACACUCUCUAACCCUUUUUUCUCUCUGCACAAACCACAAAACUCUCUCUCUUUCUUUUCCGCAAAAGCAGAAUCUGAAAAUGAAGAGGUCACAAAGUAGUAGCAUUUGUAUCCGUAAUUUCAGAAUCCAGCUUCUGGUAUUCGCUAUUUGCUUUCUUGUUACACGUUCUUCCGCCCUCAAGAUCGGAGAAACUUGUUCAGACAAAUGUGACGCUGGUCUCAGCUGCCAGACAUGCCCUGCAAAUGGGAACACCCGACCCAGAUGUUGUCGGACACAACCUACAAGCCCCACCUCCAAAGUGAAAGGCCUACCAUUUAACCGGUAUUCAUGGCUCACCACACAUAAUUCCUAUGCUUUGGCCGGAGCUAGAUCGGCCACCGGAUCAUUCAUCGUUGCUCCGAUGAACCAGGAUGACAAGGUUGCUGAUCAACUCAAAAAUGGUGUUCGAGGAUUCAUGUUGGAUAUGUAUGAUUUUAUGAACGACAUCUGGUUAUGCCACUCUGCUCAAGGCAAAUGCUACAACUUCACUGCAUUCCAACCUGCCAUCAAUGUGCUUAAAGACAUGAAGUCAUUUCUGGAUGCAAAUCCAUCUGAAAUAAUCACAAUCAUCAUUGAAGACUAUGUCACUUCCCCCCAAGGCCUAACUAAGGUCUUUAAAAAUUCUGGCCUCAGCAACUACAUGUUCCCGUUGUCUCGGAUGCCAAAGAAUGGCCAAGACUGGCCCACCGUGGAUGACAUGGUACAGAAGAAUCAGCGCGUUCUUGUUUUCACCUCUAAACGCGACAAGGAAGCUUCUGAGGGCAUUGCUUACCAGUGGACAUACAUGGUAGAAAACCAGUAUGGAGAUGAUGGCAUGAAAAAUGGUUCUUGUCCAAACCGAGCAGAAUCACCAGCAAUGAACACAAAAUCUAGGUCACUGGUUCUGAUGAACUAUUUUCCUUCAACUCCAAAUCGAUCUGCCGCAUGUGCUGACAAUUCAGCUCCAUUAGUUAGCAUGAUGAAGACUUGCUAUGCAGCUUCCGGCAACAGGUGGCCGAAUUUCAUCGCCAUUGACUAUUACAUGAGGAGUGAUGGCGGAGGAGCACCAGAAGCAGUUGAUGAAGCAAAUGGUCAUCUUACUUGCGGCUGUGAUAACAUUGCUUACUGCAAGGCAAACGCUAAGUUUGGCACAUGUGAUGUUCCUCCCAUCCCUCCACCUCCACCUGCUACCGUAGCACCAUCCACUUCAAACCAGCAGCCUCAAGAUAAUAGUGCCUCAAAAGUUGCUUGUAAUAACAGAACAACCAAGCUGAUGCAAUUGGUUGUGUUAACUCUGGCUACCAUGACUUCCUUGUCAUUGUUCUAGAAUGCCAUGAGAUUGUUCAAGUUUUUUAGAAUGUGAAAAUUAUGUAUAUUUAUGUAUGUAUGUAUGUAUUAUGUAUGUGUACACGUGUUGAGUUUAGUUUGUCCAGCGAAUCUGUUGUGUGGAUCUGAGUCAUUUUUUAACACACGGCAAUUCAGUGUUGUAUUC